AUGCGACAAAUAGCAGCCGCUGCAACUGCUGCUGCCACUCUUGCUGCUGCUGCAGACCCUGCUGCUGCUGCUGCUGCAGCGUCUGCGCCUCAGGGGGCCCUCCGAAAGCUCAAGAACAGCCCCGACUCCAUCACGCUGCUGCUGAAGUGGGACUUUAGCUGCCUUGCUGCUCAGCGACAGCAGCGGGAGCAGCAGCAACAGCAGCAGCAGCAGCAGCCAGUUGAGGUGUAUCUACAGCUCGACCGAGAUGUCACGCGUGCUGCUGCUGCUGCUGAAGCAGGAAAGGGACAAGUGCUUUUUACCCGAGGCGUUUUUUUGAGAGACAAGGCGCAGAAGCAGCAGCAGCAGCAGCAGCAGCAGCAGCAGAAGCAGCAGCAGCAGAAGCAGAAGCAGAAGCAACAGCAGCAGCAGCAGCAGCAGCAGCAGUUCGAUGACCGAGUUUUCGGGCUGCAGUUUCUCUCGCAGCUGCUGGGCCACAACAUUGACUUGGAAGCAGAAGCAGCAGAGCUGCAGCAGGAGCUGCAGCAGGAGCUGCAGCAGGAGCAGCAGCAGGAGCAGCAGCAGGAGCUGCUGCCGCAACGGCAGCAAGCCGACGGAGCUGCGGAGCAGCAAAAGUCUCCGUGUGUCUCCUCCCCCUCUCUCUGCCAAGAGCUGCUGCUGCAGAAGCUGCUGCAGCAGCAAGAAGGACUAACUGUCUCCAAAUAUUUAUCUUCUUUUGAUGUUGACGUUGUCACUUUUUCCAGACUCAAAGAGUUCAUGCGGGAGUCUGGGUUACAGAGUGAAGAAGAGCUGCUGCAGCUGCUGAAGGAGACACACAGCAGCAGCUGUCUCUCUCAAGUGUCUCUCGACAUGAAGGGGACACUGACGGGAUCGGUUCCUGCUGCUGCUGCUGCUGCUACUGCAGCACGGGGCAGCAGCCCCCGCGCAGCAGCAGCAGCAGCAAAUGUUGAAGACCCCUACUUCCCGCUGCAGUGGCAUCUUCAAGCAGCAGAAGGUCUCUACAACUUGGGAGCUGACAAAGCCUGGCAGCAAAUGCAAAGCGCGCAGCAGCAGCAGCCGCAGCAGCAGCAAGUGGUGGUGGCGCUGCUGGACACUGGCUGCGGCCCCCACGAAGACAUAAAUAAUAUUUUGUGGAUUAACAGCAAAGAGAACUGCAGCGACGGAGUGGACCACGACAACAACGGCUACGUCAACGACUGCAAGGGCUGGGACUUUGUGGACGACACAAACGACAUCACGGACACUUAUGGGCACGGCACGGCGGUGGCUGCUCUUAUGGCUGCGAGCUUUGACAAAAAGGGGGGCAGAGGUAAACCCUAA